CAUCUAUAGAGUCUUGUGAAGAUGAAGUGUAUCAUUUUGUUUUCCUUGGUGGCACUAUGCUACUCUCUGCCUAUGACCAUCAGAAAAGGCAAGCAUAUAAAUUUAGAUGAAGAUGGCACUAUCACCAUCAUUGGAUCACAAGAUAAGACAGUAGUGAUUUCCAGAGCAGAGGGAUCCACGGGCCAAAGAAAUGUAGAAAUCUUCAUGGAGGAUAAGACGGUACCAGUGAAAAAAAUCUGGUUCAAAGAACAGAGCAUGGAGGGAGAUUCGGAAAUCCAGAAAGCCAUGACGGAGAAAGAUAUCCUGGUCGAAAUCUUCAAGAAAUAUCAGGGUGAUAUCAACGAUGACACCUACGAAGACAUCCUAGAACAAAUACGCCACUUCGUAAAAACAGAUCAGGUAGAUGUGAAUGUCUUAAACAUCUUGAAAUCGAUUGAUUCUGAUGAGGAUCAUGAAGACUAUUCUACUGAAAUGGAAGGAUCAAUGGAUACCAAGUCACUACAGAAAUUGCUGAAACUCCUCAAGGGUUUAGGCAUGGACCAAGAAACCAUCGACAUCGACAGACUUGUCAGGAAAGAUCCCACUUUCAUCAAAAGGCUAGUCAAACAAGAACCAUUGUUCGGUAUCAACAAGAAAGAUCUGAUAUAUCUCAACAGUCUCAUAAGAUCUCAACAAGAACCAUCAAGGCAUCAUCAGAUGAUUUGGUUGCCUAAAAUUAAACAAAGUCCUGUAUUGCUGACAAGACAAGGUAUGCCUCUUGACUUCGAUACGAUGGAGAUGGAUCAAGAAGAUCAGGACUCACUUGAGCAACUUCAGUAUCCACGUUUGACAAAGGAAGAUCUUAUGGAUAUGAAGAUCAUCCUCUUGAUGCAAGACCCAAGGUACCAACACCUGUUUGUGAAGCCCAAUGUCAUGAUGGGGCAUGAUGAAAUAAACCCAGAUAUUGACACUUUGCAUACAAUGAAAUAUGGCAUGGAUAUGGAUGAUCUUCGUCAAACCCUAAUGAUGCCUGGAGAUAAAGAAUCCAUGGUGAUGGAUGAUGUGGAUACACGAAAGUUGACGCAUUUGGUGGACCAAAUGGACAAAGAUGAGAUGGUCCAACUCCUUAGGGAACAGAUGAUGAACCAAUCAAGGCAAAAGCAAAACAUGUUCACCACUCGUGACAGUUCAAUGAUGGAUCCAAUGAUGAAAAAAAUGAUGAUUGAAAGGAUGAAGAAACAAAUGAUGAUGAAUCCAGUGAUGAAACGAGUGAUUAUGGACAGGAUAACGAAGCGAAUGAUGAUGGAUCGAAUGAUGAAGGACCGUAUGAUGCCCAUGAUGGAAUAAUUCUUUGAAGUUAUUAUGCAUUUUGUUAUCUCAUUUGACACAUUCAAUAAAUGAUUUCAAC